GGUAACACGGGGAUUCGAACCGGUGAGCCCCGUGUUGGUAAGCAACGGAAUAGACCGCUACGCCACCCGGACGCCCCCACAAACUGGAUCUUCAACGUCUCGCUCUACUCAGUAUCAGAAUCAGGCUUUAUUGGCCAGUUUCUAGAUAUGGCCUCUGGCAGCAGUCUCCUGUCUCAAGAGCACUUCCUGUGUUCUGUCUGUCUGGAUGUGUUCACUGAUCCAGUCACCAUACCAUGUGGACACAACUUCUGUAAAUCCUGUAUCACACAGUGCUGGGACAGUAAUGAAGAGUGUCGGUGUCCAAACUGUAACGAAUUGUUUAACACAAGACUUGAGCCGAGGGUCAAUCAUUUCAUACGUGAGAUGACUUUUCAGUUAAGAGAGUCCAUGAGAGUGGAAGCCAGCAGCUGCCCUGACCAACAAUAUACCACACCGGGAGAAGUUCCCUGUGACAUCUGCACUGGGACCAAGGUCAAGGCCCUCAAGUCCUGUCUGGUGUGUCUGGCCUCGUACUGUGAGACUCACCUGGAGCCGCAUCAGAAAGUCACCGGUCUGAAAAGACAUCAGCUGAUCGACCCUGUGGAGAAUCUGGAAGACAGGAUAUGCAAGAAGCAUUACCAACCUCUGGACCUGUUCUGUAAGAUGGAACAGGUGUGUGUGUGUCAGUUCUGCACUGAAUCAGACCACAAGUUACAUCCUGUUGUUCCUCUGAAGGGGGAAUAUGAAGAAAAGAAGAUUCAGCUGGGUAAGAAAGAGGCUGAAGUUCAGCAGAUGAUCCAGCAGAGACAACUUAAGAUUCAAGAGGUUAAACAAUCAGUAGAAAUCAGCAAAGAAGAUGCAGACAGAGAGAUAGCCCACAGUGUUCAGGUCUUCACUGUUCUGAUGAGCUCCAUUGAGAGAAUCCAGGCUGAGCUCAUUGACAUGAUUAAAGAGAAUCAGAAAAAAACAGAGAAACAGGCUAAAGGCUUCAUUGAAGAGUUGGAAUUGGAAAUUAGGGAGCUGAAGAAGAAGAGCACAGAGCUGGAGCAACUCUCACAAAUCAAAGAACACCUCCACCUCCUCCAGAGCUUCUCAUCCCUCAACACUCCUCCACACACCAAGAACUGGACAAAGGUCAGUGUCCACCAGCCAUCUUAUGUGGGGACUGUGAGGACAGCUGUGGAGCAGCUGGAGCAGACAGUCAGGAAAGAGAUGGAGAAGCUGUGUGAGGCUGAGCUGAAGAGGGUCCAGCAGUAUGAAGUGGCUGUGACUCUAGAUCCUGAUACCGCAAAUCCCUAUCUCGUGCUGUCUGAUGAUGGAAAACAAGUAUAUUGUGGAAACAUUUACAAUAACCUCCCAGACAACCCAGAGAGAUUCUCUCAAUUUGUUCAUGUCUUAGGAAAGCAGAGCUUCUCCUCGGGAAGAUUUUAUUUUGAAGUUAUGGUGAAAGAGAAGACUGAUUGGACUUUAGGAGUGGUCAGAGAGUCUGUCAACAGGAAGGGAGAAGUCCUUCUGCGUCCUAAGGAUGGCUUCUGGACAACAUGGCUGAGGAAUGGAAUUGGUGCCUGCCUCUCUGUGACAGAGAAGAUCCAGAAGGUGGGGGUGUUUGUGGAUUAUGAGGAGGGUCUGGUCUACUUUUAUGAUGUAGAUGCUGUCGCUCAAAUCUACUCUUUCACUGGCUGCAACUUCACUGAGAGACUCUACCCGUUCUUCAGUCCUGAUCUUACUGAUGGUGGUAAAAACUCUGCUCCUCUCAUCAUCUCUCCUGUCAACAAAGUGGGAUGAACACACAGGCUCACUAUUAUGAUGUGUGUGCGUGCACGUGUGCACGUGUGACCGGUAAUAAAACCUCCUUGCCCACUGCAUUAUCUUCUCUGAUGUCAAUCAAAUAAAUAAGGAUAACCACAGGAAGUCACAAGAGAGGAUUAAGAUUCAUUGGAGGUAACAAGUUGUCUUUAAGGGUUAUUUUAUUUGUUUUUAUAUAAGCAACAGCUACAGCUGUCCUACCGGUGAAAAGUCCUGUCUGUUUUUUUAAUUACAGCCGAACAAAUCAACUGUAUAUUCUGUGUUACAUGUCUUUAUGCAUGCUCAAUAAUCCAGGUAACAAAAUCACAGAGGGUUGAAUCAGUUCCUCUGGACUGGCUUUGGGAACCUGCUGUCAGAGUUUAUCAAAAACAGGUGUGUGAGUAUCUUUUAUAAUCCAGAAAUCAAUGAUGACUGUCAACGGGGUUGAAUACUUCUGCAAAGCACUGUACAUGUCAUUGUUGCCACAUUUGUUCUUGUACUUUCUCUUUUUUACUUAAUUUUUUUAUUUGGAAUCACAUUAACAGCAUUUUUAUAUAAUCAUCUUUAGUUAAGACACUUUUACAAAGUGACCCAUCUUUUCUGCUUUUUAAAGAGUAAUUGUAGAACACAAAACUAGAACACGGGGCGUUUUUCCAUUUGAGAUAAAAGAAAAAAGAAAGAAAAAGUUAAAAACCCAUACUUACAUAAACAAAUUUAAAACAAAAGAAGGAUUUUUUGGGGGAAAUAUACAAUUCCCACUUCUCCCAAAUUUCCUCAAAUUUAGUUUCCUCAAGCCUAAUGGAGAAAGUGAUUCUGUCCAUCACAAAAAUGUCAAUCACACCAGUCCUCUACAGAUGAGGUGCCUGGCUUAAGCCAUUUCUUUGUAAUUGGGCUUCUGUUCUUGUACAUGUUCAAUAAAAAAGGAGAAAAUUAAGA